UUUUACUAUACAAAUCCCAUAAAUGCCAGUAACCAUUAAGAACAAACAUUUGUCUUAUAGACGUCACAGCAACAGUACUGCCGAAAAAAAUCAAUGCUUUCAUCACAAGUCUAGUAUUUUGCAGAUGAGAGGUUAAAGUCCAUCAGUAAAUGUAGUCACUUCCGUCGUCACACUUCCGGUGAAGUCACGUGUGUGGUGUAAACAUUGCAGUCAGUAGCCUAGGGUUGUUAGAUCGUGUCUCCUGGAGCUGUAUGGUGGUGCCUCAGGACCCGGGUGAUGCUCCGGCGGCCGCAGGCUCGGUGCUGGAGGAGGAUUCGGAAGAUGAUGACGGAGAGCUGCUUAUGACGAGCUCUGGGAUGAUCCCAAUGGUGGCCCCGGUGCCGGUUGAACAGGCUGUGCUAGAGACUUUCUUCUCUCAUCUGGGUAUAUUCUCGUAUGACAAGGCAAAGGACAAUGUGGAGAAGGAAAAAGAGACCUACAAGAGCGCUGGGGCCUCGUGGUCCUCCAUGCUGGCUGCUCUGGCCCACUUGGCAGCAGCGGAAAAAGCUUAUCAUAGCAUGAGUUUCCUCGGCCAAAAACCGGGCGGACAAUCGUUUUUCAGCAGGAAGGAUUCUAUCAGAACAAAUUACACCUCAUUAUACAACGAACUCAAAAAGGUUGUAACCACAGGUAAAAACGCUGUUGGAGGGACUGCUCCUCAUUUGGAAGAGCUGCUGUCCCAUUUAUCUGAGCAGCUCUGCUAUUUUGUCCAAGCACGUAUGGAAAUUGCCGAUUUCUAUGAAAAAAUGUACACUCUGAGCAGUCAGAAGUUCAUCAAUUCAGAGGAGCUAGUAAAUAUAUUGGAGGCCAUCUUAAAGAAGUACUGCUCAAGGUUUCACCAUCCAAUACUUUCCCCAUUACAGAGUGGGUUUCAGCUUGAAGUGGAUGUCCUUGCUCAUCUUCUGAAAGCACAAACCCUUAUAUUUGAAUGGAAGUUCCUACCGUCUCUUGUGAACUUGCACAGUGCACACACCAAGCUACAAACAUGGGGACAAAUAUUUGAGAAGCAAAAGGAAACCAAGAAACAUUUAUUUGGUGGACAAUCCCAAAAAGCUGUGCAACCUCCUCACCUCUUUCUGUGGCUAAUGAAAUUUAAAAACUUUCUUCUGGCCAAGUUCAGCUUUUACUUUCACGAGGCGCUUAGUCGUCAGACUUCAGAAAUGAAAACACUGACCGCUAAAACAAAUCCGGACUACUUUGGAAAAAUUUCAAGUUUUAUUAGAAAAUAUGAUGCUGUCAAUGUCUCUUUAGUUUUUGACAACAGAGGAUCGGAUAGUUUUCAAGGUCAUGGGUAUCACCACCCAGAUUCAUACCGAGAAGCUCCUAAAGGGGUGGAUCAGUACCCAGCAGUGGUGUCACUUCCCAACGACAGACCUGUAAUUCACUGGCCCAAUGUUAUCAUGAUAAUGGCUGACAAAAAUCAAGACCUCAACUCUUUGGACAAAGUUGUCCACUUCUAUGAUGAUAAAGUUCAAAGCACAUACUUCCUAACACGUCCUGAGCCACAGUUUACUAUUGUAGUGAUAUUUGAGUCCAAAAAGUCAGAAAGAGACUCAAAUUUAAUCUCCUUUUUGAAUGAACUCUCUCAGUCCCUUAAAAACUCAAGAGCAUUUGCUAGCUUGAAACCGGGCUUCAAAGGCUAAAAAAAAGGAUUCAAAGAACAGUACAAGCAGAGACUAUAAACUAGGCAAAUGGCCCUUGCUGUGCUUUUUUUCUUUAUCUUUUUUUUUCUUCCAAGUUAGCAUGUUUGUUACAUAAGGGCAAGUUUCUUACUGUAUAUUAAUGUGCGUUACUCAUCUAAACGGAGCUUCACCAAAAAGAAACUAAAGUAUAUCCUACUGCUGUUGCUUUGACUUUCCUGUUAUUGCCCUUGGUAAGAUGGUUUUGAAAACGGUUUGGCUUCUGGUUUAAUAUAAGGAUUUCUUUUACUUUAUUGAAAUGAAAAUAUGCAAUUUUUUAUGCACAAUUCAUAAGAUCUGUAGUUUCUUUUUUUUCAAUAUAAUCUCUACAACAAUUUCAAAUUAAUAUGGUUGAGACUUUCUUCUUAAAAGUAUUAAGUAAACAUUUCUAUCUCUUCUUAUGAAGUAUUAAAGAUAUGCAAUAUUAAAACUCUUAAAGCAUAAACUCCCCCAAAGGGGAAUAUUCUAGAUUCAGCAGUUUGCAUCUUCUGUAAAUGUGCUUAAUAUCUAAAACUAUUCCAUCAAGUAUAAUUGUUUAUAUAAACUAGAUAUAAAACUGUGUGAUAUCCAGUUGUAAUAACUGCCACUAGUGCACGAUUCUAGAUCACAAUACACUAGUUUAGAACUCCUCCUGCUUAAAGGAUUAGAAAAGUCACUUUUAAAAUAUCAUAUUAAAACACAUGGAUCGUUUUAAAUACAUACUGCUAUCAAUUCAAACUUACUUUGAGAUGAAACUGAAGCCUCUUACAUGUUUUAAAGACAUAUCAUUUUAUUCCCUGUGAUGUCUCCAACAGCAGCCCACAAAUACGGGCUGUCCCACAGGCUCUGAAAUACGCCCAUCUAUUCCUUCAAAUUAGCAUAUUUAAAUUGGUCCGUUGCGCACCCCUAAAGCAUGAGCACCACCAUCUUUGAUAUCUUUUGCCAGGUCUUCAGAAGAUUUUAGCGACAGCUUAAUUUAUACAUGCUUAACCGGCAUUGGAGAUUAAGUGAUCCAUAGAUCCCAGGUUUCCCACCAUGAUUGGCUAAUGCAAAUUAACCUCACUGGGGAUUUGGAAAUACACCCACUUUUCACUGAAGAAAGCAUGGAAACAGAUAGGAAUAGUAAACGGAUGGUAUUUGAUCAAAUUUUUAUUAUACAAAACACUAAGCAAUGAAAUAAUGAUCAAUUUUGCCAUUCCUAUCCCCUUAAGCGCUUUGCUUGCACUAAACUUCUUUAUGCAAUGAGAGAUGAGGGCAUUUAUAUAGCUGAGCUGAUGCAGUGAUAUCAAAACUGCCCCCAAAUUUAAUUUGAACAAUUAACUAUAGCUAUCCAGAAAGAUUUGUCUUUAGGAACUAGUGGACAAUUUAUUAUUUGUUUGAGAGAGGCUUCUAUUUAACACUGAAAUGCACACAUGUCCCUUUAAGAACCCCCCACAGUGCUAUUAAUGGCCAGUAACAUAAUACACAAACAUAAAAGCGUGUUUUUCUCUGAAAAUGUUAACGUAGAUUUAAAAGGACAAAUACGUAACAUAUUCGCAGGACACAAAGGUGUACAAUUAUUUUGAAAACCCAUUUGUAAAUGAACAAUAUCUUCAGAAGCACAGGCUCUUAUAAGAUAUCGGCUGCUGGAUACAGAGAAGCCAUCUGGGUAAGAGGCAUUAUACUGUACACAUAGUGUUGCCUAGCUACACAUGAAAUCCACAUUUUUUCUUUAAUGAUUCCGAUAGAGAAUACAAUGUUAAAGAAGUUUCCAAUUUACUUCUAUUCUUAAAUUUACAUUGUUCUCUUGUUUGUUGUAGAGAUAUCUAGAUAGGUAGCGUGCACAUGCCUGAAACACAACAGGAAAUAGUGCUGCCACUAUUGUUGCAAAACUGCUGCCAUAUAGUGCGUAUGCCUGAACUUACCUUUGCUUUUCAACAAAGGAUAACAAGAAACUAAGAACAUUUGAUAAUAGAAGUCAAUUGGAAAGUUGUUUAGAAUUCUAUCGGAAUCAUGAAAGAACAUUUUUGGGGUUUUAUGUCCCUUUAAUUUCUUGAAAACGGAGUGAAUAGUAGUUUUGUUUUUUUAUAAGAUCCUGCAGCAACAUUAAGCAAACUUAGACUAUAUCUGUCCUUUACUGAUAUAUCUUCAAAAUAGGAAAUGUUAUACUACUGUGUUCCCUUUUAAACUGUUUUUCUUUCUGUGUUCAGCUAUUAGCUGCAGUUUACCUUUGUGACCUGCACACUGUAAUGUUAUGAAAUACUGUAUGUGUAGCAUUAGACAUAACCUGCGGCACCUUUUAAUAUCAUUUCCAGCAUUUCUUGUCCUUUUUAAUAUAAUUAACAAUGAAGCAUCUCAAUUAUGUGAAACAGUCUGUGUGAUAAUAAACCCAGUCUUUUUUUUGUUUGUUUUUUUAAAUACAGGGGGCAGUAAAGGCAAAAAUAAACUUUAAUGAUUUGUAACAUACAUUUUUAUCAACUUUUCAAUGUACUAACUUCUAUUAUCACAUGUGCUUUAUUCUCUUGAUAUCACGCCCUAUCUGAAUCAUAAAAAUUUAAGUUUUAACUUUACUGUCCCUUUAACAGCUAUUUUUUUAAAACCAGUUGACUGCAACAGCAGUGUAGAGAAUAACCCUCAUAAUUUAUUAAUUAGUUAAAAUAUUGUGUUUAUUUAAAUAUUUUAUUCUCAUGACCUGAACAUCUCCAUAGAUGUUGAGAUGCGGCCUUGUCUUUUUCAUAUAGAUGGGUAUUUUCAGAUGUUAAUAUAUUUUUACAUGGCGGGUUUCAUAUGUAUUUUUUUUUUCCAAUAUUGUGCAACAUUGUAAAAAUGUUUCAAAUUAUAACUGUAUUAAGGCAAUAUGUUUAAAAAUGGUUUUGUAAAAACGGGUAUAAUGACUGCACUAAUAGGUGGGAGUUUGUUACAAUGUGCUGCUAAAUUAAAUUCUAUUGCAAUUCA